AUGCCGGGCCUCCUUCAUACGUCGAAUUGGGUGGAUGGCGUCCAUGCUAUUCCCUCCACCGACCGAAUACACGUCAUCAACCCCGCCACCGAGUCAACGAUAGGCACGGUAGACGCCACAUCACGAGAGGUUGUCGACGCAAUCAUCAACGACUCUUUGCGCUCGUUCCGCCAAGGCAAAUGGUCCCGUGCAGACGCGUCGGAAAGGUUCUCUGUUUUGUCCAAGGCCGCAGUGCUGCUGCGGUCACGGAUCCCAGAGUUCGUGGAGCUGGAGACACGCCAGACAGGCCGGCCUAUCCGUGAGAUGCGUGCCCAGUUGGCGCGUAUACCGGAGUGGCUGGAAUAUUUUGCGUCGCUGGCUCGUGUCCACGAGGGACGGGUCACACCCUUCAAGGGACCGGUCAUCAAUACCCUGACACGCCUGCCACUGGGCGUGGUGGUGCAGAUCACGCCCUGGAAUCAUCCUCUCCUGAUAGCCACCAAGAAGAUUGCUGCCGCGCUCGCGGCGGGGAAUGUGGUGGUGGUGAAACCCUCCGAGCUUGCACCGCUGUCGGUCCUGAGACUGGGCGCCUUGUUCCAGGAGGCCGGACUACCAGAUGGGACGUUGCAGAUCGUGUGUGGCUACGGCCGCGACACGGGCAGGUUCUUGUGCGAGAACCCGUUGGUGGCCAAGAUUGACUUGACCGGCGGGAUCGCCACGUACAGGGCCAUUGCGUCGAAGGCCGGCGAGAACAUGAUCCCCAUCACGGCCGAGCUUGGUGGGAAAGCCCCGGUAUGUCUUCUCCCAAGUGUAGACGUCGAGCACGCCGUCAGAGCUGCGCUGUUUGCCAGUUUCAUCGCAAGUGGCCAGACGUGUGUGACGGGAAGUCGGCUCCUUGUGCACAAGGACAUCUAUGAUCGAUUCGCAGAGUUGUUGGAGAGGAGAGUCAGAGCCCUGCGGGUAGGCGAUCCGCAGGACCCGCAGACACAGAUCGGGGCGGUCAUUUCACAGGCGUCUCAAGCUCGAUGCGCCGCGUUCGUGGACCGUGCCGUCAAGGAUGGCGGCACGGUUCUCUGCGGCGGCAACGCAAUGGCCGUGGCGGGGAAGGGGUUCUUCUUCGAGCCCACCAUCAUCGAAACACAUCAUGGCUCCGACCUCUCAUGCAACGAGGUCUUCGGUCCGGUGAUUGCGGUCGUCAAAUGUGAGUCGGAGGAGGACAUCAUUCGCGUUGCUAAUGACAGCCCUUUUGCACUGGGAGCGUCGGUCUGGACAAACGACAUCUCACAGGCACACCGGAUGGCGGAGAAGAUCGAGGCCGGCAUUGUCUGGAUCAACGGACACCACCUCAACGACCCUUCGUCGCCCUGGGGAGGAUUCAAGGAGAGUGGCAUGGGAAAGGAGAACGGCGUUGAAGCCUACGAGAGCUAUACAAAGGUCAAGAGUACCGUCAUCAACUAUGGUAUUCCACCCGCGUGGUUCGACGAAGAGGUUGAGAAUGCACGGUAUGGGUGA